AUGAAUGAACCAGAAUUACUUGUUUCACUACAAAAUCCAAUAAAUUUGAAACUUUUCUGGAUUAAUCUUGACCUAAGUCAAAAAGUAGCCAAAAGUAAUACGGAUCCCUCUAUUUUGAGAGCCUCCGCUUUCGAAGUAUUAAACAUUUUUUACCCUGAACCAGAGUGGCUUCGGAUCUUUACUGAUGAUCCCUCCUGUCUGAUGGCCCUAAUGCAGGUGCCGGAGUUUUCUACGAAAUUCUCUUUCUACUUAUCUGUGGACCGAGGUUCUGUGUUUGACGGGGAAAUUGCUGCGAUUCGCACAGCUCUGUACCAGCUGCCAUGCCACUUGGAAAAAUUCACAAGAGCUGUUAUACUCAGUGAUUCCCGAGCUGCUCUGUUGGCUAUCAUUUCAGAUAAAUAUCCCAUAUCACAGGACAUAUUGGAUUGUCGACAUUAUCUUAAAACACUGGCUUCACUUGAGAAAUCUAUAAUCCCCCAGUGGGUUCCUGCCUGCUGUGGGGUUCCAGGUAACGAGAAAGCCGACUUCCUGGCAAAAAAGGGUGCUUAUCAUGCAGAAUAUUUCUCGUCCUUUGCCUUUCCAUACUGUAAAGGAUCUUAUUAA